AUGUUUAACUUACAAACAGGACCGAAAGAAGUAUUUCCAUACAACUACUACAGCAGUGUUUUGUUAGCAAAUGACAACAGAACUGGUGUCAUUUCUGAAGCAUGUAAGUUUAUCCGGGAUGCAGAUACAUUCAUGAAAAACAUAGAUUCCAUCAAAGGUUGCAGAAUAGAUGAGAACCACUUCGACUUAGAAAAAUAUAGCACAUUUUAUUGCAAACAAGAUGUAAGAAUUUUAAGAGAAGGUUUUGUUAAGUUCCGCAAUGACAUAUUGAAAGAAUUUGAUUUAAACGUAUAUGACUACGUUAGUAUUUGUUCUAUUGCUAACAAAUUGUUUGAGAACAGAGUGUACUUCCCGAAUGGAAAUUUAUAUGACCUCUCAAAUAAACCAAGAGAAUUUAUUUCGAGAUGCAUUCAAGGUGGAAGAUGUAUGUUGUCAGAUAACAUGAAACAAAAGAGCAAAAAGAAACUCAUUGCUGACUUCGAUGCUGUUUCAUUAUAUCCAUCCGCUAUAGCAAGACUUUAUACUUUAGAAGGUAUUCCAAAGGUUAUGAAGAAAGAAAUGUUAAGCACAGAGUAUCUCAUGAGACAUUUAUUCGAUGACGACCAAAAGGAACCCAUUG